AUGGCUAAGAAGAAAGAUUCGAAGAAAUACAAAAACGAUAAAGCAGAUUCCCCUUCUGGCGAUGACGAAAGCUCCGCCAGCGAGUCUACUGAAUCUCAGUAUACGAAACCGGAUUUAACUAGCUAUGUUGAUAGGCUUUCAUCUCCUCGCCCGGAAAUACGAAAGAAGCAGUUAUUACUGAUUCAAAAAGAACUUCGUUCUAAUUAUCCCGCCUUUUCUGAUGAUUGGAACUAUAAAGAAACGCUUCUAUCUGGCAUAGAGUCGAUCUUAAAGAAGGGUAAACUGAGCGAACAGGUCGAGGCCCUUCGGUGUCUCAGUAUAUAUUUUACUCAGAUCCCUUAUUCGGAAAAUCAAGCUAUAGGAGAGCGCUUCCAAGAGUUUUUUGAGACGACACUCUGCGAUUCAACAAAACCAGGGGAGUUGAGAGCUGCGUGUGCUACUACUGUUGCUUGGUUACAUUAUAUAAGUGAGCCCAUGGGUCUUCCGUAUAUUAAAAAUUUAAUGGAGAAAUUAUCAAAUGUAUUUAAAAGUGCCUGUCUCAAGGGUGAUGGAAUGCCCCCGGACUUUCCAAAGGCGCAGAUAGAUUUACAUAAAGAUUGCCUCUUUGCUUGGGGUCUUUUAUUUACUUCUCUUCCCUCUCUUGAUGCUGAUGAAGUCGGAAGGAAUAUUAUUUGCCAUCUCGUAUCUCUUCUUCAGUCUAAAUAUAUGGUGGUUCGUAUGGCUGCAUGUGACGUUGUGGCUCUUGUAUAUGAACGAAUCCGCGAAGAAACGAAGGAAAGUUUUAAGGGAUCUUACUACGAGACCCUCCUUCAGGUUCUUGACGAUCUUAGUUUCGGUUCGAAUAAAUACACAUCUAAGGCUGAUGCCAAGAAACAGCGUUCGAAUUUUCGAGAUCUAUUUAGAUUCCUUCAAAAUCAUGAGACUCCCACAUUGAAGGUCAAACUUGCCUCCGAGAAUCUCAACCUUGAUACCUAUCAAAAGGUAUUCACCUAUCAGGCUUAUUGCCAUCUCUUGACUCUUGGAAUCAACCUCCAUUUACAGGAAAACAUGCUUUUGCGUCAAUUUUUCGAUUUAGGUCUUCCACUUCCACCGAUUCAGCAGAACCAACGUGUUCGUGCUGCCGAUAAAAGAAUGAGGAGCUUGAUGAAUGAACAGGCCUCAAAAGACCGAAAGAAGGAGUUGAGUAAGAAACGAGGCAAGAAGGCUGAAUUUCUCCUUGAGGACUCCUGA